AUGCCCUCUUCUCAGGUGUCCGACAAGGAUGCCGAAGCCUUCGAUUACACUUCUGACCACUUCGACGACCACAUCAUCUACGGUGGCUGGGUCGAUUCGGACACGUUGCCCGGUCUCACCAUCCAGGAUCACGGUCCCGUCACGCUGCCGCUCGUCGACAAAACCGAAGCCGAUCGGCUGGCUGCACGUUGCAGCUCGGAGCUGCGCGAGUGCAGCAGCUUCGAUGACUCGAGCGAACCAAGCCUUCAGAACUUGUUGCAACUCGAAGCGUCUGAGAUCGCCUUCUCGAACCCUGCCUGGAAGGCUGGGCUGGCACGGCUCGCACCGGUGAUUGCAGAGCACCUGGCCUUUCCUGGAGUCGAGCUGGUAUUGGACCUACAGCAGCUGCUCCUAUUCUCAGCCGGCGGGCCCUCGCAGCAGCUCUGCGAGUUUGGCAGUGUCGAUGGCCAAUUCGCGACCCUGAUCGUACAGCUCCCAUCUGCCCACAAUGGCGGGCACCUGAUCGUCUACGAGGACACGUCGCCGGUGGUGCACGACUUUGGCGCCUCUGCAGGCACCACGCAGUACGCUUGCCACUAUGCCGUCCUCGAUGUCAAGGCGGAGUCCGAGUUCACGAGGGUGACGGAGGGCGUUCAGCUCUUGCUGGUCUAUGCGAUCUGCUGGCCACGGGGCAGCGUGCAGACGGCGUAUUCCUUCGAAGAAGGCAUUCGAACGGCGAUGGCGGCAAGGCUUGGUCAGCUUUCCGACCAGGAGAGACGGUUCUGCUAUCUCCUCGACGAGAAAUGCGAGCGACACGACCUGCUCCGACUCGGCCCAGCGGGUAUCAGGGGCAUCGAUCGGCAUCGCGUGCUCAGCCUCUGCGCGGCGAACGACUCUCUCCCCAAGGACCGCCGCUACGCCUUCUUCAUCGCCAAGGCAGAUUGCAGCGAUGAGUGUUCGUGGACAUCGUCGCCGGAGUUCUGGUCACGCAGUGUCAUUGUCGGGCGCUUGAUCAAGCUCAACGGUGAACCUGUACCGGGCACAGAUCCCCUCCCCUACUUUUUUGGCGACCAAGACGUACUCAACCCGCAACGUGUGUCGCUCGCCUCAUUGUGGCAUGGCCGUCGCAGGACCGCGUACUCGCAGUACUACAACGAACCAGAGCUUUCGGCGAAGGAAGUGCGCUACCACAAGCGCAUCCUGAUCGCUUGGCCAGCGCGAUCGGUUGAGCUGCUACAAUCAGCAUGUCGUGGCGAAAUGUCGUCAAACCUGAGGCUCUUGGCAACAAAACCCUCCCUUGUCAGGCUUGUCGAGCAACUCAACCACCUAAAGACCCUGAGCAAGCUUGAUCGGCGCCCCUUUCCUGCUUCCCUAUUUCGUCAGGAGCUGCCGACGGAGCUGCUUUCGCGGCCCUUCAGGCGAGAGCUUUUUGUCCUCUUCACGGAGCUAUUUGAAACGGCCGAAGAUCUCCUGGACGGAUCGACCGGCUGGUCCGACCUCGUCAGCCUAUCACAGGCCCCCAAGGCCUGGAAGGUCGUCGAGAUUCCCAUCCUCCAGGGGUUCACAAAGGACCUGUAUACGACGGUGCGGGCUCUGGCAAUAUCGCUGAGGGAAGACUCGCCGGCCGUCCAAAGCCUGCUCGUCACGGCGGUCGUGCAGGGCACACAGCCAGUUGGAGCCAGACUUCUAGAGUCGCCCACCCAGAGGAAGGUGUGGCGAGUCGCUCUGGCUUUGCCCGAGCUGGCGGUGUGCAAACGUCUCGUCGAACGCCACCUCGAGUGCGGCGGGGCCGCCCUAAAGUCCUGCAUCGUCGAGCUGCUCAAGGCCCGAGAGGAGCAGCCUGAGGUCUAUGCGGCCCGCCAAGGACUUCUGAAGCCACUCUUCCAAUGUCGCCGCGCGUGGCUGCAAGGAGAACACGCCAAGGCUUCGCAGGCGAUCGAGGGCGAGGAGGUCUGGCGCUUCAGCAGUGCCAGCUUUCAAAGGCACCUCGGCGUCCAGGCUUUCCUGCGUAGCGCGGAGCGCACGGCCGUCCUCCGGGGCUUCUCGACCCAGCGAUCGGCCCGAAAGCUGGUAAAGACGUGCGUCGAGGAGAAUACGGCACCGUCUUGGAGCCCCGAGCCAAGCGAAGCUUUCUCAUUUACCGCCAGGGCCGGUGGACGGGGCGCGUCGUCGUACGUCUUGCUCACAAAGACGGACGAGUACCCGCAGCGUCGUGAGCGCAAGCGUCUGGAGCAGCUCGAGGCGCUGGAACAAGAACUGGCCAAGCUAGCCCCAGUGAUUGCCGGCGAGGGCAUAGAGGCGCAAAGAGAACCAAGGAGGGCCGACGUCUCGACAGAUGUGAAGGGACAGCACAAAGCCUCAGGCACGUCGAACGGAUCUCCGUCGGCCGAGUCGCGUCGCAGCAAGAGGGUAAAGACUGCCUAG